AUUGAACUGGCCUGGGUCCUGGGGGAGGGGGGUGGGACUCGAAAUCGGCUCCUCAGUGAUGAGGCCAGGGUGUGCUGUACGCAUGCGCUGUUUCUUCAGCGCCAGCUCCGUCCCCGCCGUAGCGAAGCGGGUCUGUUCCGCCCGCGCGUAUUACGACCUGACGUCAGCAACGUGCGCGGCGCAGUGACGAAGUCGGCUGGUUUAUAUUGGCGCGGCCCAGACGGUAGAGGUCUCUGCGGCGCGGUCCUCGGAGACACGCGGCGGUGUCCUGUGUUGACCAUGGCCGACUACCUGAUUAGUGGGGGCACAUCCUACGUGCCAGAUGACGGACUCACAGCACAGCAGCUCUUCAACUGCGGAGACGGCCUCACCUACAAACCAGGUGGACCUGACUUCUGCUCUGACCAAGAAAAUCACCCUUAAGACCCCACUGGUUUCCUCUCCCAUGGACACAGUCACAGAGGCUGGGAUGGCCAUAGCAAUGGCGCUUACAGGUGGUAUUGGCUUCAUCCACCACAACUGUACACCUGAAUUCCAGGCCAAUGAAGUUCGGAAAGUGAAGAAAUACGAACAGGGAUUCAUCACAGACCCUGUGGUCCUCAGUCCCAAGGAUCGUGUGCGGGAUGUUUUUGAGGCCAAGGCCCGGCAUGGUUUCUGCGGUAUCCCAAUCACAGACACAGGCCGGAUGGGGAGCCGCUUGGUGGGCAUCAUCUCCUCCAGGGAUAUUGAUUUUCUCAAAGAGGAGGAACAUGACUGUUUAUUGGAAGAGAUAAUGACAAAGAGGGAAGACUUGGUGGUAGCCCCUGCAGGCAUCACACUGAAGGAGGCAAACGAAAUUUUGCAGCGCAGCAAGAAGGGAAAGUUGCCCAUUGUAAAUGAAGAUGAUGAGCUUGUGGCCAUCAUUGCCCGGACAGACCUGAAGAAGAAUCGGGACUACCCACUAGCCUCCAAAGAUGCCAAGAAACAGCUGCUGUGUGGGGCAGCCAUUGGCACUCAUGAAGAUGACAAGUAUAGGCUGGACUUGCUCGCCCAGGCUGGUGUGGAUGUAGUGGUUUUGGACUCUUCCCAGGGAAAUUCCAUCUUCCAGAUCAAUAUGAUCAAGUACAUCAAAGAGAAAUACCUCAAUCUCCAAGUCAUUGGAGGCAAUGUGGUCACUGCUGCCCAGGCCAAGAACCUCAUUGAUGCAGGUGUGGAUGCCCUGCGGGUGGGCAUGGGAAGUGGCUCCAUCUGCAUUACCCAGGAAGUGUUGGCCUGUGGGCGGCCCCAAGCAACAGCAGUGUACAAGGUGUCAGAGUAUGCACGGCGCUUUGGUGUUCCAGUCAUCGCUGAUGGAGGAAUCCAAAAUGUGGGUCAUAUUGCAAAAGCCUUGGCCCUUGGGGCUUCCACAGUCAUGAUGGGCUCUCUCUUGGCUGCCACCACUGAGGCCCCUGGUGAGUACUUCUUUUCCGAUGGGAUCCGGCUAAAGAAAUAUCGCGGUAUGGGUUCUCUUGAUGCCAUGGACAAGCACCUCAGCAGCCAGAACAGAUAUUUCAGUGAAGCUGACAAGAUCAAAGUGGCCCAGGGGGUGUCUGGUGCUGUGCAGGACAAAGGGUCCAUCCACAAAUUUGUCCCUUACCUGAUUGCUGGCAUCCAACACUCAUGCCAGGACAUUGGUGCCAAGAGCUUGACCCAAGUCCGAGCCAUGAUGUACUCUGGGGAGCUUAAGUUUGAGAAGAGAACGUCCUCAGCCCAGGUGGAAGGUGGUGUCCAUAGCCUCCAUUCGUAUGAGAAGCGACUUUUCUGAACAGGGAUCCAGCACACCUCGGUUUUUUCAAUAAAAAUUUAGAAAGAAAAAAGUGAUGCCUGAUCUUUCACCAGACAGGUGGGGCUGUGUAGCUGCCACUACCACAGAUGCACACAAACACAGCACCCUCAUUUCCAGGGGGAGCCUCAGGCCCUGAGAUAAAUGUGUUCCAGGUUCAAAAAGUUCUUCCUGAGGCUGCUCACAAAACAGCUCUGACCAGCUGUGGCUCCUGGGGUUUCAGUCUCACACUGAGCAUCUGACUCUGGCUCCCGAGGGGUCAAAGGGUCAAAGAACAAUCCCUGGGACUGGCAUACACAGGGCAUCCUGCUAGCCUAUAGCUUGGCCAUAUAGGACCAGGUGAAGACACAUAAAUAUUCCCUAACUUGAAUCUCUCUCGGCCAUGCAUGUUGGCUCACACCUGUAAUCCCAGCACUUUGGGAGGUGGGCAUAUCACUCGAGGUCAGGAGUUCGAGACCAUCCUGGCCAACAUGGUAAAACCCCAUCUCUACUAAAAAUACAAAGAUUAGCUGGGCAUGGUGACGCAUACCUGUAGUCCCAAAUACUCAGGAGGCUGAGGUGGGAGAAUCACUGGAACCUGGGAGGGGGAGGUUGCAGUGAGCUGAGACUGCGUGACUGCACUCCACCCUGCGAAAGAGCGAGACUCCUCUUCA